GUCAAGUCUCCACCCUCGAUCAUAUACAAAGUACUGUAUAUAUAUUCAGCUAUAUAGAGGAGUGGUGGGAGAGUCAUUGGAGUCAUCACAGCUGAGGGACAUCACGAUUCAUCAUGACUUCAGUGCUGUUCAUUGCUCUGCUGACUUUGGUCAUAUCAGGGCCCAUACUGGCCUUUGUCCCCAUCGGGGGUGGGGCGGCCACUCAUGUCAGCAUUACAGGAAAGGCUCUUUUGCAAAAAGUGACACAGACAUGUCAGGCUGUGGCUGAAGCCGCUGGUUAUGAGUUCAAACCCACGGGUUCGUCUCCUGAGGAGCUGGUCCAGGCAUGUCUAGGUCCCACAGCAACAGGAGAAGUGUCUGGUGCCAAGUUUCACUCUGCUCUUCAAGAGAUCUACACCCAGAACGGACUGGUAGACCGCGACUUUGUCAACAGUGCUCCACACCACUUCAACUCAGAGGCCUUUCUGGAAGGACGUAGCCUAAUCAUAGAGGGUAUCGUAGCCAUUAAGGCUAACAUUCGCAAGGAGAACUUCCAGGCUGCCAGGGAAACACUGGGCAGAAUCCUUCAUACACUACAGGACUUCUACAGCCACAGUAACUGGGUGGAGCUGGGAUACACCGAGCCAUACAUUAACCUCAUACGCCCAGACCUUCCUCUGGAAAACCUGGCAGAUGUCAACACUGCCACCUGCAGUGACUGUGCCAGUGGAAAGUGCCCCAAUUCCAUCCUGCCCAACAUUCUGAAAGAAAAGAAACUCACAUCAGGCUACAUGGGAAUCUUCUCAGCUGCCAAGCCCAAAGGAAAAUGUAGCCAUGGAGGAGCAGCUGACCUGACGAGCGCAGCAGAACCUCGUGGAGGCAUCAGCAAAGAUGAGCGCCGCUCAGAAAACGUUGCUCUCCACAACUCUGCCGUGAAUGCAGCCACAGCCGCCAGCCUCCAGCUGCUGGAGGACAUCCGUUUAGCUGCUGGGGACAACGACUUUCUGAGAAUGAUGGGGAUUGCUCGCUCAUCCGUCGUGUGCUUUGUUAUUGACACUACUGGCAGUAUGUCAGAUGAUAUCAAGGAGGCCAGGGAGGUUGUUUACGAAAUAAUUGACAGUAAAAAAGGAACGCAGGACGAGCCAUCCGAGUACAUUCUGGUGCCCUUCAAUGACCCCAAUUUUGGACCUAUGAUCAGGACACCAGACCCCGAUAAAAUGAAAAGAGAAAUCUCUAAGCUCACAGCAACUGGAGGUGGUGAUACCCCUGAGAUGUGCCUGUCAGGACUUCAGUUGGCUCUCACCGGUGCUCCUGCCUCCUCCCACAUCUAUGUUUUCAACUGAUGCUAUAGCAAAGACAUUGAUCUCAAGGACACUAUUGUUGCUCUCAUCAGGAGCACCAGUCAACAGGUGUCAUUCUUUAUGACCGGGCCCAGUAGGAGGCGCCGUCGUGACCUCCGUGCUAGCUCCUUUGAGGACUACAAAGACCUGGCUUUGGCCUCUGGAGGCCAGGCCAUCCAGGUUUCAAAGAGUCAGUUGCCUCAGGCCACAGACGUCAUCCUUGACACCUCUACUUCAGCUCUGGUGACAGUUCUUCAGCGAGCAAGGAACCCUGGGCAGAAGGAGACUUUCCCCUUCAUGUUGGAUGAAUCUCUGAAAAAUAUCACCAUCUACAUCACAGGACAAUCCAUUACUUUCACGCUGACCAACCCUGCAGGUGUGAGCCAGAAGCACAACGAAGCCAGCGGUAAACUGGGGACUAUAAACACAGUGGGAAACCUGUGGAGAAUUCUUCUCCACGUUAACAAAAAUACAGGGAGCUGGCAGAUUGACAUCAUUUCCAAACAACCAUACACACUUAAAGUCACAGGCCAGAGUACUAUUACCUUCAUCUAUGACUUUGUGGAGAGCUUCGGAGGACCUCAUCCGGGUUACGCACAACUCAGUGGCUCCCCUCAAUCAGGCCAGCCGGCCACUCUGAUGCUCUCAGUAAUGGGUAGGAAAGGUCCGUCCUCCAUGACCAUAGGGCCUGUUGCCCUGGUAACUGUGUCUGAUCCUGAGACUGUUAGAAAUAGCACAACAACUGACAUGGGCAACGGAGACCUCCUGGUGACUGUUGAUGAUGUCCCUGAGGGGGAGUUUGUGGUCAUCCUUAAAGGAACUGACAAAGUGUCAGGCAGUGAAUUUCAGAGACAGUCUACCACCCAGAUGUCUGUCUCCAAAGUGAACAUCAAGGCUGUGGUGGAGAGCAAUAUGGAGCCAGGUAAAGACUUCAAUCUCCCCUUCAGUGUCAUGACCCAGGGCUCUGGUGGUCAAUACUCCAUCAGCGCCAAAAACGAUAACAAAUUCCUCAUGUCCUACCCAACCAGGCUCACCUUGACAACGGGACAAUAUACUAAUUCUACUUUGACCAUCACGCCACCUGCCAACACACCAUCAGGCACUGACGUCACUCUGACUCUGGAAGCCAAGUUGUCAGGAGGUGUUGACUCCAAUUACGUCGUUUUGAGAAUCUCUGUUGUUACCAAGAUUACAGAUUUUGUUCAGCCCUUUUGUGAAGUGGUGCAUGUGCUGGCUGAUGAUUGCCCUCAAGAAGUGUUUCAGUGUGAACUUUUCCAGUGGGAGCUUAUGGCCACCCUUACAGAUGGAAAUGGUACCGGAAUAGAGACCGUUUCACUGCACCAGGGCAGUGGAAACUUAACAACCACCUCGCUGAGUGAUCCCAUCAUCCAGGCUAACUACACAGCCUCCUGCUGCUCGCAGAUUGUUGAGUUUGUAGCUGUAGAUCAAGUUGGAAAUGUGGGCAAGUGCUACCACUCCAUUGUACGUUCUGCAGGCCCUCCUGUCUUAACAGGGUCUCUGCCACUGUGGUUGUGCCUGCUGGUAUCUGCCUUUGUAACGAGGAUUUGAAGGGCUUAAGUGAGGUUGUCUUACUCUGCAUCAGAUAUUGGAUACAUCAUUUACCACAAAUUUAUUUUAAACAAACUUCAUUAUGGUGAUGGUUAUCUAAUAAUCAGAUAUCUUGCUCAAAUAAA